AUGACCUCAAAGGAGGAGCCAAAGUAUCAGACACCACCCACCUGCGAUCUGCUCAGCCUUCUGUUGAAGAACAGACGCCCCACUGGAGCUGUCAACGAGGUUUGGCCCAACCUCUACAUCGGAGAUGCGGCUGCAGCUCGGGAUAAAACCCUGUUAGCGAAACUGGAAAUAACACACGUGGUGAAUGCUGCAGAUGGCCCCCAGCACAUUGACACCGGGCCAGGUUUCUACGCAGACGCCAGCAUACUGUAUCACGGAGUAGAGGCACCAGACUGUAAAGAUUUUGACUUGAGCCCUUUCUUCAGUGAGACGGCUGAUUUUAUUCAUGGUGCUCUGAGCCAAAAAGGGAAGGUGCUCGUCCACUGCGCUCGGGGAAUCAGCCGCUCGGCAGCUCUUACGCUGGCCUUCCUCAUGAUCAAAGAAAGGCUCACACUGGUGGAGGCUGGGGAGGUUGUGUGCCGGCACAGAAACAUCCUCCCAAAUGUUGGAUUUCUGAACCAGCUCCGUGAGCUGGACUCAUCCCUAUUCACGUAG